UAGCAUUCACAUCAACUUUCAAAAAAAUGUUCUUUCUUAAUACAAUUUUACAAAUGCAGAUAGGAUGGUCUAUGUAUGAUUAAGAACCUUUCUUUUUCUAUAACCAAAUGCUGCUUUCGUUCUGAGAACAAUACCAAUCUCUCCUAAAUUUCACCAAACAAUAUAUAGCAUCCUCCAAAAAACUCCAUUCUCUAAACUAAACCUUAUAAAACCUUACAAUCUCUAAACCUACUACUUGAAUUCUGUCACUCUGCAGAUAUAGAAGCAAGGGAAGAUCCCAAACUAAUCAGAGAACUAACCUCGGAGCGCCUUCAAGGUUCCCCCAAAGACGUGAUCGACAUGAUCACAAACUGCGAAACAGACACAUUAACCCUCACACGCAUCAGAUACCGUGCGCCAUGGCACAUUCUAUUCGGUAAAAUGCAAAAAGGAACAACAACGCUUGCGGGGGACUCAUUACAUGUGAUGGACCCUUCAAUUGGCCAAGGAGGCUCUGCAGCCAUAGAAGAUGCGGUGGUCCUCGCUAGAUGCUUGGGAAGAGAGCUCCAACCGCAUCAAAUAGCCGCAUGCGGCUGCCGCGAACUGAAGAGGAAAGCUGAAGCCGCCAUUAACAAGUAUGUUAGGGAACGAAGGGUAAGGAUAAUGAGCCUAUCAAUGCGCGCGUUUCUAAUUGGUUCCAUGUCUGCAACCUCUUCCUGGGUGAAGAGGAUGGUAUUUGGUGUUUUGUUAGUUCUGAUGUCGGGUAAGAACUCGCAUGGCCAUGCGCACUUUGACUGUGGUCAUCUCUGAACUUUUGUGGAAAAAAGUGAUUUUUGGCUGAA